GCAGCACUUUUCCAUGGUGAUGGGGCCAAGCAUGGGAUGUUCUAAAGUGGGGAUGAGGUAUAAAAACCCAAGAGAAGAGGUCAAACCACCAAACCGUGGGAUAGAGAGAGUCAAACAAAUCCAUCCACUCUAACAGGACCCACUUCAUUUCGGAGCCAUGUCUGGAAAUCUGUACAUCUUUUCAAUUCUACUUGGAACAGCAAUUUUCCAUGGAACAGAAGAAACCACUGUGGCGUCAUCCAUCUCAGCAGUUACAGUAGCCAGCAGCCUAGCUUCAAUGACUGAUCCCACUUCUUCCGCUGCUACAGCUACUGCUACUGCUGGAACAGCUGAAACUGCGACCGCUGGAACAGAUUCAGUCACCUCCACUUCUAUAGACAUCAGCACAGAGGCAGCCCAGAGCAACUCCACCAACCCUGACGGGGGGUCAGAGGAAGCAGGUAAUGGUCUAACCCCAGCUGAGGCUGCAGGAGUGGCGGUGGGGACCAUCGCUGGGGUUGCUGCACUAGGUGGAGGGAUAUUUGCUGGUUUAAAGUUCAGUGGAAAACUGGGCUAGCCUCACAGCUUCCCCCUCAUAUUCUUCAGCCUUAAGACUGGAAGAGCAGUCACUGUGCCACAGAAGAGUGAUGGAGCAAGUGGAAAAAAGUACACAGCCCAGUACACCAAACACACACUUUACUAUCAAUUUUAAUACAAAUUAUGGAGGCAUUUUAGAAUUUUAUGGAGGUAGAUUUUUUCCCGCAAAUUUUAACCAUUGAACAACACUAAUUAUUUUAACAAAAGUUUUUAACAAAAGUAAUAAAGAAAUAAUAUCCUAAACGUUGUUUCAAAUAUAUGGUGGUAAUGUAUGCAAUUUCUUCCGCCAGAAAAAGUUGUUCCGGCAGUUUAGAGUAAAGCAGCCAGUGCUGUUGCUUAGCAAUAAGUGGUGAGUGCAAUGAUAGAGGUAUGGUAACUAAAACAAGCUGUUAUCAUAUACAACAACACUUUUCGACCAAUCAGAUUGUGUCAGAACUGUUAUGAGAUUAGAUAGCAGAUGUCAGCAAACUUGAUGUAUUUCGUAUUCUGGAAAAAUGAGACAUCCAUGUAUCAAAGACCAUAUGUCAAUGUUUUUAAUAAUCCCUUUAUUUACUGUAUUGCACUUUUUUAUAUUAAAAAGAUAUGUUGUA